AUGGAUCUAGGACCUUUGAAUAUCUGUGAAGAAAUGACUGUUUUGCAUGGGGGCUUCUUGCUGGCCGAGCAGCUGUUCCGCCCCAAAACACUGGCAGAAUUGACCAAGUCUGACUGGGAGCAUGUCGGGCGGCCGAUUGUGGAAGCUCUGAGGGAGAUCUCCUCUGCCACGGCCUGCUCCCAACCCUUCGCCUGGAAGAAGAAAGCUCUGAUUAUCAUCUGGGCCAAGGCUCUGCAGCCCUACCCUGUCACGCCUUCUGACACUGAAACCCUGUGGCAGGAAGAUGUGUUCUUCUCCGUGGGCAGCAUGAUCCCCACCAUCAAUCACACGGUUCUCUUUGAGCUGCUCAAGUCCCUGGAAGCUUCCGGGCUCUUCAUCCAGCUCCUGAUGGCCUUGCCCACUACUGUCUGCCGUGCAGAACUAGAGCGCUUUUUGGAGCACGUGACUGUCGACACUUCUUCAAAGGACGUGGCCUUCUUCCUCGACGUCUGGUGGGAAAUGCUGAAGCACAAGGGCAGCCAGCAGGACCCCCUGCUCUCCCAGUUCCGGACGGUGGCCCAUAAGUACCUGUCCUCUUCAGAGGAGUUCUCCCACCCUCCAAAGAGGUUUAAGUCUGACCCGGAUGUGUGUCCUACCAUGCCCCUGCUGGCCACGCUGCUCACUGGGCUGAAGCAAAUCCAGGAUAGGAUCCUGUGCCCCGGGAUGAAGUGCUGCGCCUUGGCCAACUUGGCUGACAUGCUCACCGUGUUUGCUCUGAUGGAGGACAACCCCCAGGAGGUGUCUGCCACUGUGUAUCUAGACAAACUGGCCACGGUGAUCUCCGUGUGGAACGCGGACACCCAGAACCCAUAUCACCAGCAGGCACUGGCAGAGAAGGUGAAGGAGGCAGAGCGGGACAUCAGCCUGACCUCACUGGCCAGGCUGCCGAGCGAGACGAUCCUCGUGGGGUUCGAGUUCCUGCACAGCCUGCUGCGGGAGUGGCGGGAGGAGCUGCGGGCCACGCUCGGCGGCAGCCAGGGGACGAGCUACAGCAGCUACCGGCUGUGCGACAGCCUGACCUCCUUCAGCCAGAACCUGAAGCGCUACCUGGACACCACUAGCCUGUCCAAGGAAGAGAGGCAGGUGGCCUCUGAGCUGGCGGAGUGCGUGGGGGACUUCCUGAGGGACACGAACAGGGUGCUGAAGAACAAGGGCUUCGAGAAGGACAUCACUGCCUCCAUCGCCAUGGCCAUCAUUGAGCAGAAGAUGGACCGGCACAUGGAAAUGUGCUACAUUUUCGCUUCUGAGAGGAAGUGGGCCUUCUCGGAUGAGUGGCUGGCCUGCCUGGCCAGCAGCCGGGCUGUCUUCCGGGAGCCCGGCCUGGUGUUAGAGCUGCUGGAAGCAGUGGUGGAUGUCAGCGCGGCAGACGGGGCUGUCCCCAGACCCCAGAUCAAACAGGUCAUCGACUUGAUCCUGGAGUGUCAUGCACACCUCUCGCUGCCAGAUAAAAAUAAAGUCCUCUCGGGCGUCCUGCUCUCCUGGGGGCGCAAGGGCCUCUCUGAGAAGCUGUUGGGUCACUUGGAGGGGUUUCAGGACGACCUCAACACGACUUUUAACCAGCUCACGCAGAGCACUUCUGAACAGGGCUUGGCUAACGCCAUCGCUUCUGUGGCCCGCCUAGUCAUUCUGCACCCGGAGAUCACGGUGAAGAAAGUAUGCAGCAUGGCCGUGGUCAACCUUGGCACCCACAGGUUCCUGGCUCAGAUUCUCACCGCCUUCCCCGCCCUCAGGUUCGCAGAAGAGCAGGGUCCAAAUCCCUCCACGAUGAUCGUGGUGUCCUGCCUCAAGGAAACAGUCUGGAUGAAGUUCUCUACACCCAGGGAAGAGAAGCAGUUUCUGGAGUUCCUGAGAUGCCUGGUGAAUCCUGUGAAGCCCCAAGGGAUUCCAGUUGCUGCUCUUCUCGAGCCAGAUGAGGUGCUAAAGGAAUUCGUCCUGCCUUUCCUGAUGCUCGAUGUCAAAGAGGUGGACCUCAGUCUGAGGAUCUUCAUCCAGACUCUGGAAGCAAACACAUGUCUAGAGGAAUACUGGCUGCAGACCUGCUCUCCGUUCCCACUCAUCUUCAGCCUGUGCCAGCUCCUGGAUGGCUUCGGCAGAUACUGGCAGCUCCCCAAGGAGAAGCGCUGCCUCCCCCUGGACGGGAAGGACCCGGUGAUCCACAUCCUGGAGCUCCUCUGCGAGGUGGUGUCGGCUAACGCCGAGACCUUCUCCCCGGACACCUGGGUCAAGUCCCUGUCCUGGCUCCACUGGAAGCUGGAGCAGCUGGACUGGACUGUGGGCCUGAGACUGAAGAGCUUCUUUGAGGGCCACUUCAAGUGUGAAGUGCCAGCCACGCUCUUUGAGAUCUGUAAGCUUUCUGAGGACAAGUGGACCUGCCAGGCCCACCCCAGGUAUGGGCCCGGCACAGGCCUCCUGGCCUGGAUGGAGUGCUCCUGCAUCUCCAGCAGCAUCUCUGAGCAGAUGCUCGCCCUGCUGGUGGUGGAUGUGGGCAACCCUGAGGAGGUCAGGUUGUUCAGCAAGGGCUUCCUGGUGGCCCUGGUGCAGGUCAUGCCGUGGUGCAGCCCCCAGGAGUGGCAGUGCCUUCACCAGCUGACCAGGAGACUGUUGGAGAAGCAGCUCCUGCAUGUCCCCUACAGCCUGGAGUAUAUUCAGUUUGUCCCUCUGCUCAACCUGAAGCCCUUUGCCCAGGAGCUCCAACUCUCCGUACUCUUGCUGAGAGCUUUCCAGUUUCUCUGCAGCCAGAGUUGCCAUAACUGGCUCCCUGUGGAAGGCUGGAGCCACGUGGUCAAGCUCCUCUGCAACAGCCUGACCAACCUCCUGGACUCUGCUCGGUUGAUACAGUCAGUUGGCCCUUGGGCCCAAGGACAAGAGCAGGACCUGACCCAGGAAACCCUCUUUUUUUACACCCAGGUGUUCUGUCACGUUCUGCACAUCAUGGCCAUGCUCCACGAGGAGGUGUGUGAACCACUGUAUGUUUUGGCCUUGGAGAUCCUCACCUGCUACGAAACCCUGAGCAAGACCAACCCUUCUGUCAGCUCCUUGCUCCAGAAAGUAAACGAGCAGCACUUCUUAAAGUCCAUCGCCAAGAACAUUAGCCCCGAGGAGUGGCGCCAAACCCUCCUGCAGAAGAUCAGCAACUUCUGACCUUCGUGGGUCAGAAAACAGCUGGGCCUCAACUUGGCCAGGUCUAUGGGGGCUACAGCUGAAAAACACAAAUUUUUCGGUUAUGUGAAAUUGUACACAAGCCCAAAAAUCUGACAACAUUGUAAAGAAAAUAGUUUCUUAGGUAUUUGUAACAUACAAAUUGUAAUAAAAUUCUCUUUU